CAGUUGGUUGCAGUCAUUCGUUCUGUGAAUAUUGGUGUGUGAACUGUGGAUAGAUAUGGCACAACAGUGACUAAUUUUCUGAUUUAUAAUUUUUAUUACGUUACAUUACUCAGUUCCACUAAAUAUUUCCCAAAACGGUGGUAGAUUUAAAACAUUCUGGUGUUUGAUAUGCCUUGAGAUAAGGAGCAGUGAUAAUGAUAGUCUGAAAACAUCUUACACGGCAGAAUAUUCUAUGUACGGUGUUGGCUGCAAUAGUGAUGAUGUGGAACAUCUAAUACACUUUAGCAUGUACUGAUUUAUCUCCUGGUCACUAUGACUGAAACCAUCCCUACUCUUACUGCUCCAAUUUCUUUGUCAACAUAUCAUCAGCUCAGUCUAUCAGUUGAGUCUGCAAGUAUAAGAAACUCUGGACUCUUCAAACCAAACCCAUACCUGCAGCUUGUGAUAGAUGAUAAGAUUUCAAGAAGAACUGAAGUGAUCAAAAACACACUACAUCCAAAAUGGAAAGAGGAUUUCACUGUGUUGGUCACUCCAUUAUCACAACUGUUGUUCCGGCUGGCAGACCACCAUAGUUUCAGAAAAGAUAAUGUGAUUGGGGAGAAAAAGCUUAAUCUACUAAAAAUUCUGCUGUACUUUAAUGGAAAAUGUGAAAAUGUGGAACUGACUAUAGAUUUGAUGAAAGCAGCAUCACAAGAAAACAAUUCCAAUCAAAAUGCAGAAGUUAAAGCAGCAGAACUGGUGAUUCUCCUCAAUGGCUUGAGAAUUGAUCCGUCAGUAUUGAGCCAAUCACAUGAAGUACUUGGUGAAGCAUCAAAUUCCCGCAGUCCACUUACAGAAGGUGUUAGAGCCAGAAUCAGAAUGCACAACAAUCCUGAAACAAUUCGAUCUAUGAUACGUACACAAAAUUUACGGCCUCCUCCUGGCCCUCCACCUAUGAGUAAUGGGGCGGUACACUGCAUCGCGGGCGGCAGUACGAGUGUGGCCCCUCCUGCCGUCGCGGAUACCAGCGCAGGGCCUUCGCAUCAAGAUCAAGCGUCUCACGUACCUGAACCGAGCACUACUCACCAGGCUGCUGCCUCCACUAGUGGUGAAGACCCGUUGCCGCCUGGCUGGGAAAUGAGAUACGAUGUUUAUGGACGACGGUACUAUGUGGACCACAACACGCGCUCGACUUCGUGGGAGCGGCCGCAGCCGCUGCCGCCAGGCUGGGAGGUGCGGCGCGACGCGCGCGGCCGCGUGUACUACGUGGACCACAACACGCGCACCACCACGUGGCAGCGCCCCGACACGGAGCGUCUGGCGCGCUUCCAGCACUGGCGCGGCGAGCGCCGCCACGUGGUCGCCCAGGGCAACCAGCGGUUCCUCUAUCCCCAGCCGCAGCCGCCGCACCAGCCUGAUGCCGUCGAACACGAACAUCCUUCUAGCGCCGCGGGUAGCACGGUAGCAGUGGUUGGCGGCACAUCGGGCGCGGGGAGCGCGACCGGCGUUAACGUGGCUAACGUGGCGAGCGUGGCGGGCGUGGCGAGCGUGGCCAGCGCGGCGGGCGUAGCGGGCGUGGCGGCCGCGCCCGCGCCCGCCGCGCCCGCCGAGGACGCGCUGGGCGCGCUGCCGGCCGGCUGGGAGCGCCGCGUGCAGCCCGACGGUCGCGUCUACUACGUCAAUCACAAGAACCGCACUACACAGUGGGAGGACCCUCGCACGCAGGGUCAAGAGGUGAGUGCGCUGGAGGAGGCGCUGCCGCCGGGCUGGGAGAUCAGGUUCACGGAGGACGGCACGCGCUACUUCGUGGACCACAACACGCGCACCACCACGUUCCAGGACCCGCGGCCCGGCGCGCCCAAGGGGCCGCAGGGCGCCUACGGCGUGCCGCGCGCCUACGAGAGAUCUUUCCGAUGGAAACUUAGUCAAUUCAGAUACCUCUGUCAGAGCAAUGCCCUGCCGAGUCACAUCAAAAUCACGCUAUCCAGACAGACGCUUUUCGAAGAUUCCUAUCAUCAGAUAAUGAGGCUACCUGCAUAUGAGCUACGUAGGAGAUUGUACAUAAUAUUCCGCGGGGAAGAAGGUCUGGAUUACGGCGGCGUCAGUCGAGAAUGGUUCUUCUUACUAUCACAUGAAGUUCUUAACCCUAUGUACUGCCUUUUCGAGUACGCGAACAAAAAUAACUACAGCCUACAGAUAAAUCCUGCGAGUUAUGUGAACCCAGAUCACCUACUGUAUUUUAAAUUUAUAGGAAGAUUUAUUGCAAUGGCCUUAUAUCAUGGCAGAUUCAUUUACUCAGGAUUCACUAUGCCUUUUUAUAAGCGAAUGUUGAACAAGAAACUAACGAUGAAGGAUAUUGAAUCCAUAGAUCCUGAGUUUUACAACUCGUUGGUGUGGAUUAGAGACAAUAAUAUUGAUGAAUGCGGGUUAGAGAUGUGGCAUAGUGUAGAUUUUGAGGUAUUGGGUCAAGUCAUACACCACGAGCUGAAGCCCGGAGGCGACAAGGAGCGAGUCACGGAGGAAAAUAAAGAACAUUACCUGCAGCUGGUGACGCAGUGGCGGAUGUCCCGCGGGAUCGAAGAACAAACAUCUGCCUUCCUCGAUGGAUUCAACGAGGUGGUUCCCCUGGAGUGGCUGAAGUACUUUGACGAGCGCGAGCUGGAGCUGAUGCUGUGCGGCAUGCAGGAGGUGGACGUGGACGACUGGCAGCGCAACACCAUCUACCGGCACUACACGCGCACCAGCAAGCAGGUCGCCUGGUUCUGGCAGUUUGUUCGACAAAUGGAUAAUGAGAAACGAGCAAGAUUACUUCAAUUCGUGACCGGCACUUGCCGAGUCCCAGUUGGCGGCUUUGCAGAACUCAUGGGAUCAAACGGACCACAACGAUUCUGCAUAGAAAAGGUCGGUAAAGACACGUGGCUGCCUCGUUCACAUACCUGUUUCAACAGAUUGGAUCUACCACCUUACAAGAGUUAUGAACAAUUAUGUGAAAAAUUAAACUUCGCCAUUGAAGAAACAGAGGGUUUUGGACAAGAAUGAGAAAAAUAUAUACUAUUAUUAGUUUUAAAAUGUAAAUUAUUAUUAAACCGCAUUAAUUUAAUUGCACCAUCUCGAUAUGAUGAAUUAUUCACCAAUAGAAUUGGUGCUGUUAUAAAAAGACCAACCAAAUACAUGUAUGAAUAUUUUGUUUAAACAUUAUUAAUUAUGUAGAUAUCAUUAGUGUAUUAUGUCAGUUGUAUAAGAAUUAUUUUGUUUGAGCUACAUAUAUUUAACAAAGUUUGACGGUUUUACAUUACGCCGCACGCAUUGCAAUGUAUACUUAGAAAACUUUCCAUGAAGAGAGAUCGACAGAUGAUUCGCUAUGCAUUUUAAUAACUAGUUGCCUUGCGUAAUGUGAGGGCCGUCGUCGUGAGACAGUUAAAUAAAAUUAUGAAACUGUAA